UUCGUGGGAAACUAAGUACAGGUCUUGCAGCCAGUGGAGGCUCCUGAUGGCAUCAUGUGGCUGCUGCAGUCCCUCUUGCUCUGUGUUCCCUUGUCUCUCGCUGUGCGUGGCCAGCAGAAGCCCCAGGUACCAGGUUAUCCCAGUGAACUCCAUUGUGGGCUCCAGAGCCUUCGGUUUGCCAUAAACCCGAGCCCCGGGAAAUCGACUCCUGCACUCAUAGCCUGGGACAAUCGCGGGCUGCCACACAGGCUGCAGAACAACUCCGGAUGCGGUACCUGGGUAAGGGAGAGCCCGGGGGGCUCCGUGCUCUUAGAAGCGUCUUACAGCAGCUGCUAUGUCACCGAGUGGGACUCCCACUACGUCAUGAUAGUGGGAGUUGAAGGCACAGAUGCGGCUGGGCGCAGGGUUACCAACACCAAGGUGCUCAGGUGUCCUAGGAAUCCCCCAGGUAAGGAAGCUCCAAACGCUGACUUGUGUGACUCUGUCCCAAUGUGGGACAGGCUACCAUGUGCUUCUUCACCCAUCACUCAGGGAGACUGCAAUAAGCUUGGUUGCUGCUACAAAUCAGAGGCAAAUUCCUGUUACUAUGGAAACACAGUGACCUCACGCUGUACCCAAGACGGCCACUUCUCCAUCGCCGUGUCUCGGAACGUGACCUCACCCCCGCUGCUCUUAAGUUCUCUGCGCUUGGCCUUCGGGAAGGACCACGAAUGUAACCCUGUGAAAGCAACACGUGCCUUUGCCCUGUUCUUUUUUCCAUUUAAUUCCUGUGGCACCACGAGAUGGGUCACUGGAGACCAGGCAGUAUAUGAAAAUGAGCUGGUCGCAGCUAGAGAUGUGAGAACUUGGAGCCAUGGUUCUAUUACCCGUGACAGCAUCUUCAGGCUUCGAGUUAGCUGCAGCUACUCUGUAAGGAGCAAUGCCUUCCCGCUUAGCGUUCAGGUGUUUACCAUCCCACCACCCCAUCUGAAAACCCAGCAUGGACCCCUCACUCUGGAACUCAAGAUUGCCAAAGAUAAGCACUAUGGCUCCUACUACAGUAUUGGUGACUACCCAGUGGUAAAGUUGCUUCGGGAUCCCAUUUAUGUGGAGGUCUCUAUCCGCCACAGAACAGACCCCUCCCUGGCGCUGCUCCUCCAUAACUGUUGGGCCACACCCGGCAAGAACUCCCAGAGUCCGUCCCAGUGGCCCAUUCUGGUGAAAGGAUGCCCCUACGUUGGAGACAACUAUCAAACCCAGCUGAUCCCUGUCCAGAAGGCCCUGGAUACACCAUUUCCAUCUUACUACAAGCGCUUCAGUAUUUUCACCUUCAGCUUUGUGGACACCAUGGCAAAGUGGGCACUCAGGGGACCGGUGUAUCUGCACUGUAAUGUAUCCAUCUGCCAGCCUGCUGGGACCUCCUCCUGUAGGAUAACCUGUCCUGUUGCCAGGCGAAGAAGACGCUCUGACCUCCAUCUUCACAGCAGUACUGCGAGCAUCUCUAGCAAGGGUCCCGUGAUUCUGCUCCAAGCCACUAUGGACUCUGUAGAGAAGCUCCACAAAAACUCAAGUUCUCCUAUAGACUCCCAAGCUCUGUGGAUGGCAGGCCUUUCCGGGACCCUAAUCUUUGGAUUCUUGUUAGUGUCCUACUUGGCUAUCAGGAAACGGAGGUGAAUUAUUCCAGUUGUGUUAAUAAAACCAGAUUGCAUUACCAGCCUGUGCCCAGCCUCUCAUUCGAAAGGUAAAGCACUAUAAAGUCCUCUAUCUGCUCUGGGCGUCUCCUCUCUCCAGCCUGGGGCAUUAUUUUGCUUGA